CAGCAUCCUUCAUCAGAGAGAGAGGAGAGAGAGAGGACGAAUGAGAGGAGAGCGAGACGGACAAAAGAUAAAGGAGAAGAAGACAACUGAUGGUGUGGACGAACGAAGGACGAGAGAUACUUAGACACAGAGACAAAAAAGAGAGAGAGAGAGAGAGAGAGAGAGAGAGAGAGAGAGCAGCAGAAGACUUUAACCUCAUCUGGGCCUGUGUGUGUGCGAGAUCAGCUGAUUGGAACACAGGUUGGAGGGCGGAGCCAUGAUGGGGAAGGAUUACAUGUUGGCCAUUAUCAUAGUGAACUAUGACGACAACAUCUGGACCGACCAGAACCUGCUGCUGGACCCGGACCUGCCCUCCGGCUGGAGAACCAUCAAAGACUCCACAGGAACCUACUACUGGCACGUUCCCACCGGCGCCACCCAGUGGCAACACCCCAGCCUCACUGGAAAGCCCCCGACCCCAGACCUACAGCAGGAGGAAGCUGGAGGACAGAGAGCACCUGAGGACAGGUCGUCAUGGCGACUUGAGGAUCACCUGACCAACCACGAUGAUUCACAGUGUUUUGCGGUGCGUUCUCUGGGCUGGCUGCAGGUGGAGGAGGAGGACAUGUCUCCAGGUCGCAGCAGUCUCGCUGUCAGUAAUGUCAUCCAGCAGCUGUCUCACUGCACUCCUGCUCCCGAGCAGAGAGACCGGCUGGGAGCCUGGGGGGAGGGGCGGGAGAUGAUGCUGGUUCUGAAGAAAGACACCCUGACGCUAUUGGACCCUUUGGACCACACACCCCUCCAUUGUCAGCCAAUCAUUAACAUCCGUGUCUGGGGGGUGGGCUGCAACAACGGCAGGGACUUUGCCUUCGUGGCGGGAGAUAAGGACACGUGUGUCCUCAAGUGUCACGUGUUCCGCUGCGACGCUCCGGCCAAGGCCAUCGCCACCGCUCUGCACCAGCUGUGCUCCAAGAUGAUGUCAGAGAAGACUCUGAUGAGGACGUCUCGCUCUCUUACCAUGGACAGUAUCUCACCUGAAGAUCUGCCCAGACAAGUUGAGUUUCUAGAGGCCGUGCAGCAGCAGGUCCAGAAGUUUGAUGUCCAGUACAUCGGAAACCUGCCGGUGUCCAGAGCCAUGGGCAUGGAGGUGUUGAACCGGGCGAUCGAGAGCAUCAUGACCUCCACAGAGAGAGAGGACUGGGAGCCGACGGUGAUCCACGUCACUGACAACGUCCUGUCGCUGUGGGGGGGCGAGGAGGGGGAGGAGCCAGUCUGGGAGUGUCAAGUUCGCUUCCUCACUUUUCUGGGCGUCGGCCAUGACAGCCACACCUUUGCUGUGAUCGCUGAGGGCGGCACGCAGCGGUUCGAGUGUCACGUGUUCUGGUGUGAACCGGACGCAGGACUCGUCUCUGAGGCCGUCCAGGCCGCGUGUAUGGUCCAGUAUCAGAAGUGUCUGGUGGCUCAGACUCCUCCUCCGAGGUCUAAGUCGUGGCGUGCGAACCCAUCGAAGGUCAAACGGGCGAACUCCAUGGACGGCGCCUCCUUCCCUCCUCUCACGUCCCGACCCCACAGCAGCUCCACCAUGAGGACGGCGUGGACACCGAAGGGCAGCGGCAGCGUGAGGACGGGGAUGACCGCGUUUCUCCAAACCUUUCGACACAGACAGACCGCCAUGUUCUAAAGACGGGGGCGCCACAUCAGAGGAGGUGUGUCACCUGAUCACCUGAAGUCAUGGCUCUGGUGGUCACCUGACUGACUCGGAUCAGUCUCCGGGGGAUUGGACCUGAACCGGACGUGUCUGAACUCGUCUCACAGCCGGAGCAUCAGGUGACCAGGACGUGGAUCAGACCAGGAAACGUCACCACGACAUCACGUGAUCAGAGCUCCACUCAGGAUCAUGUGACCUUUAUUAAACCUAUGAAGCUGAAAUAUGAGACAGCAGCUGUGUCUGAAAUCACUGAACUGUUGUUGGAUGUUUUGUGACAUUUUUUAUCCCAUAGAGUGCACUCAUUUCCCAUAAUGCAUCAUUAACAAUAGUUUACGACCAAUGGUCUGUAACAGACCAUCAUGCAUUGCACUGGUGGGCGACAGGACAGGAACAGUCCCACCUGUCGUAUAAAUGUAAAUAUGAUGUGUUCCCUUCAUGAAAAUAAUAAACAGAUAAAAUA